UCAUUCAUUUACAUUUCAAUAACUCAAAAUUAAUCAAUUUUUUGGUUGUUGGGCCAUAAAAUUCAGAUCCUGACUAGAGAAUGAACAUUGAACAAUAAUUGGAACCGCCAGAAUGCAUGGCAAAAGCAUUCUACCGGUGUGUGGAUACGGCAGGGAUAUUGAGGAAAGACCACCAGAUCGAACAAAAUUAAGACAUCGUAAUACCGUACGCUGUGCUGGAGGUCAAAAAUAUGAAUUGAAAAAGCCAAGGAACCAAUUUUUGCAGGUACUACCACUUAAAGGAUCUUUUCAACACCAUGAUAUUGUCCACGAUGAUGAUACCUCAACCGUCAUCUCAUUUGGAAAUGUUAGUCAUAGGGCCAUUCAAUCCAAAACUUCAUUGAGGCAAUCGGAGGAUCAAGUACAACAACAAGAUCCAGAACCAGCUGAAGAAGAGAAACAACCCGAAGAAGUACAGCCGAAGCCCAUAGUCCCUUCAAGCGGUGGAGGUGCCCCAACACAAAAUACAACAACAACACUAUGUGUUUACGAUGAGAAAAUUCCAUGUCGCAAGUUCUUCUUUUACGUUCAGCCCAUAGCGUGUCCGUGCCCGUGUCCGUGUACCCGAAGGUGUAGAUAUCACUGCACUGGUGCAUCGGGGUCCAAGAGCAGUUACCCCUAUGCUGGUGGAUGCGGACUCUGGCGGCCAGCAGUUUGGUGGUGUAACCGCCCUCGGUUUUGCUGCCAUAAUCGCCCACGGCUACGUUACUAGCUCCCAUAGCUCCACUAUGCCCAACUACAGAACCAUUGUAAUCCAAAAAUAAAAGGCCCAACAAAUAA